AUGAGAGGCAAUAUACUUGCACUCCUCGCCUUUUCUGUGCUCUUCAUCUCAUCGGCAGCUGCAGAUGACGCUGUCCUGGCGCCUGCAAAGGAGCCGGAAGUGGAAGAAGUCAGUCAACUAAGCAGUACGAAUGUCGAUGCGCUGAAUUCUGAAGCGCACGAUGAAGGGCCUCCAAGAAGAAUAGAAGCUUCUUUGGAAUUGAGAAGACUGUAUGCUGAGAAACCAAAAUCGGUGCCCCGUCCUAAAGGCUUCCCGGCACUGCUGGCCAGCAUGGGUCUUCUGGGGCAUGCCGGCGUGCAGGCGGCAAAGGACUGGGGCACUAUGCCAUUGCCGAGAGCGACCGUUUCACUCCUGCUUGGCAAGGCAAGAUUCGACACAACGAACUUCGCUCUCUACUCCCUACUAGCGGGAUGCCUGCUGUUUUACCUAGGCGUAGCACGCAGAUGGAAAAGCCACAAAGAGAGGGACCUCUGGAGACUCGACGAAAUGCUGCGACAAGACCGAGCAAGGGUCGAGGCGAUCCGAAGGGGAGCCAUAGGCAAGAGAUAA